AUGACUACGUUUGCUCGAUUGGUCGCUUGGCUCUUGCUCGCCACGUUCUUCUCGUUCGUCGUGGUUAGCGCCGAAGAUGGUCAGCUUCGCCAGCAGAAGCGGCCGCAUCACCGACAGACUCCAGUCGGAUCUUCACCUCAAGCCCAUCCUCCUUCGCCCAAAGCGCCCUUGCAGAAGCCCUCGCGCCUGCACCGCGUCCGCAAGCCCCCUACCGCACCUUUCAGCGGCGUCAACACCGUCGCAAAGCGGGGCAUCCCCGGUCGACCCGGCGACAUCGAAUGGAUGGGCUUCUACGGCUCCCUCCUCGCCGUCCCCACCAUGCUCUCCAUCCUUGGCAUCCAGACCAACUACAAUCUUGAGAAAAGCUAUUUCAACUCGCAGCUCAAUGCGCAGUACUACAAGCAGUCGAGGGAGUUGUUGCGGGCUCAUGCGCUGAAGUUGACGAGAGAUCAGGAGAUGAAGUUUGCCAAAGCGGGGUACAGGUGGCCCGGGAUGAUCUGGGAUGCGGAUGGGAACAUGAGGGUGCCUGGUUCUGAAGGGAGCGCGGUUGGCGUGCCAACGCAGGAGAUGGCAUCGAACCAAGAUCGGGGCUCGAGUCAGGUGGCGAACGGCGCUAGUGACGCAAGGGCUGAAGGCAGCGCACAAGGCGUUGGUCAAGGUGGACCCGGCACAGUGCUUGGACCAGGUGAAGGAGGCUCAGGGUAUGGAGCCGGUGCUGGCAGACAGGAAGCGGAGAAGCCCAUCGAGGCUGCAGGCGCUCAAGGAGCGGGAGGUCCAGGAGCCGACGCAGCGGCAAUCGGACGAGCAGGAGGCAAUGCUCAAGAUGCACCGUCUUCUUAG